UGAAGCUGGUGUUCGAAACAGCGGUGUUUAUACCAUCGACCCUGACAAUGCUGGAACCUUUCAAGUAUACUGUGACCAAACAACAGCCGGUGGGGGGUGGACUGUGUUCCAAAAGAGACUGGACGGCUCGGUAGAUUUCUACCGUGGCUGGGAUGACUACGAACACGGUUUCGGAAAUCUGAAUAGUGAGUUUUGGCUCGGAUUGGACAAGAUACACCGCCUGACAAAUGGACACAGCAAGCUUCGGGUUGAUUUGGAAGACUUCGACAGCCAAGCAGCUUACGCUGAAUACGACUCAUUUGGUGUUGGUGAUGAAUACAGCAAGUACAAGCUGGAACUUAUUGGACAAUACGCUGGUAAGACGCAACACCAAAUUUAAAAAAGAAAUAAUAAUGAAGUUCCACGCCGUCGUAAGGCCAGUGCAGUAAUUUUAAAUUAAAGUUUAUACGAUUUAUGGGCGCGAUCUGUAAGCCAACAAACACGCUGCGAUUUAUCGGGCAAACCAUUCUAUCAAAAGAAAUUGAAUGCGAGUAUUAUUUCUCGAAUAAUGUUCCAACAAGAGAGAAUAAUCGGUCGGGGAGGCAAUCUUAGCCCGCUGGCCGAGAUAUGUGAUUUACACUAAAGUUAUAUUUAGAGGCUGGAUUAAACGGAAAUUUAUUCCGCGCAUUUAAAUCAAUUCUUUGAAACGUCACCACCAAGUCCACCACGAUUAACGCCUCGUCCAAAAUAAUUUGUUUUCGUUUGAAAAUGUAUUUAUUUCGCUGUGUUAAGGCCCGCCUUCCACACCUAUACGCUGAGCGUUUUCAUCCAAAACGCAUCGAUUGGAAAACGCUUUUGAAAGUAUCGCAUCGCGUGGAUGGUCGAAAACGCAUCAAAACGAAAACGAUGACGUCAUAUGUACCACGUGGGUCGUAAAAUAUCGCAGGGGCGUGCAUUUGUAUAGCCUGCGUGGCAGGCGUUCGAAAGGGAAGGGAAGGGAAUUAGGGCGCGAGACCACGCGCGUUUCUCUCGCGCCUUAAACUCCCUUUCCCAUCCCUUUAAAACGCCUGCCACACAGGCUAGCAUUUGUAGCAUGCGCGUAGGGUUCAACUUACGUCACAACGUGCAAUUGUACCGUUUUUGGACGUUUUAGUGUGGACAGUCAAAAAGGCAUCAAAACGGUAGCUUUGGAGGCGAAUCGAUCGCUGUGUUUUCGCUGACAACAAAAACGCAUUAGUGUGGACAGAGCCUUAUUGCGACACACCAAGAGAGCAUAAUAACCCCCUAUUCUAACUGACAACACUGAAUAAAAGUUUGCGGACCACUCCAGAAACCAACUUCCGAUAAAUUUGAAGCGUUUAAUUGGUGUAAAAAUAAUUUAGUGAAAUUCGCAUAUUCCAAGGGCGAGAAUGGGUGUUUCCAUCUUUGUUCCAAUCUCUCUUGGUUUCUUUGGUAUCUGAGUUUUAGCGCUAAAUAAGAUAUAGGAAGCCGUUUCUCGCGUUGCUAGGUGAUCGCUUCUCUUAUUCCAUCUAUUUUCAUUUUAAUAGACGGUCCGAAAACCGGGCACAAGUUACUUAACGGGCAAGCCGAGGCAAGCCUUUUGUGCCUAUUGUAGUAGAGAGACGCUCAUUAGUAAACCUAUACCGAAUUAGUAUGCAGGAAGACACUGACUAGGCACUUAAUUAGUAUGGAGGAACGUAAUUUUACCCUAGGUUAAAAAUAAUGGGUGACGUCAUAGACUAUCCCUAAAGCGACUAUCCCUAAAUUAUCCUUAGCUAUCCACCAACGGGGCUUAAAUUAAAGAAUUAAAUUUAAAAACUUAGAAGUAAUUUAAAAAACUGGCAACUGUUGUUCGGUAUUCCUGUACCCGAUCUUUAACUCAGACGUUUCUUAAUUUUACCGAUCUACUAUGUUUCAGCGAUUGCAUUGUUUUAACGCGAUUCUUCGAGAGUGUUGUAAGAAUAGUUUGUUCAUAGUAGCUUGCUAUAAGCACGCGUGAUUAUUCCAACUCGCUUUGUUUGACAGAUAUAGGCGAACUUCAGGGUCGUAACGAGUUAUAUGGGAUCAGGGAUAAAAGGCAAAAAAUGGGGUGGGAUCAGGGAUCACAGGCCCGGGAUCUGGGAUCCUUAGUCGUGGGAUCGGGAUCAGUACUGCUGUGAGGUGAUCAGGAACAGUUUUCCGACAAAAAAAUGCUCUAAGGGGAAGGACCUGCUCUCGUUUAAGAACUUAGUUGUAUUUUUGGCGUAACAAUUUGUUCCUGUACUUAAGUGUACGCAAUACGACUUUUUUUAGUACACCGCUGACUCUCGGUUGGGAGUUGCCUAGCUAUUGACUCAUUUUGUUUUGACUCAUUUUUUGUAACUAUACCUUACAUUCACUGAAAUAUCGAAUUGGUCUGGGUUUUUUGACUGCCAAACAAGGACUUAAUAAGAAAAAAUUCAUACAAUGGACGUUACCUUUAGCCAAUGAUUUCCUUCUGCACCCCGAACAAUGAUUUUAUACAUUCUCUUUCGACAGUGAAAACGAGGUUUUUCAAUGGACAAAACCCUGUUAUCACGGCAUCUGUUAUUGCGCUUGUUACUGUAACUUGUAUUUUUCUGCUGACCAUGCUCAACAGACAAUACAUGGUCUCUUGCAAGCCUUUAGCAGCUCCUGAUUCCAAACCUCUGAUCAACGCUCAUAUCAAGUGGCAAGUGUCGGGAGAAGACGGCAAAUAACGAAGCCUGUUCUUAUUAUGCUAGGGAGAAAGUGUGCGAAACAUCUUAAAUAAACUUACCAAGCCUUACAAGGCGAAGGAGUAGUCGAUCCUGGCUCUGUAAAAUAAUAUAGUUUCUUAGCUCGUUGUUCGGCAGGCCAGUGGCCUUUAUCUUCAACCAAAGAGACUCAAUCUCAUCUCGUUUUGCUACUUAAAACUUAGUCAAAAUUCUUUAAAAGUCUUGCCUUUUGCAGGUACCUUUUUAGAAUAGCUGUCCCAGCUUACUCCAUCCGCAGAAAGCUGGUAAACUGCUUACAAUUAUGUCAUGGGGUAACUCAACCGAAUAUAAUCGAAACAUCAGUAAGAGGAUUAAGUGAGAUGGAGAGGUAUACAACUAGAGGUCAUGUGGCUGAAAAGAGUUCACUUGGUCAACUGGUGCUACCAAGGCGACGACUGAGAAAAAGCUAGCUAGUGCAAACCCCAUUUAUUCUGAAUCGAUCAGCCAAUCUUACUGACAUUUCUUUUUGUGUGAAUAAAACUUUGCUAAAUGGAAUUGAUCUCUUUUUAAUUUAAAACGGACCGGGCAAAAAACAAGAAGGGGUUGGUUUGUUACAAAAACGUAACGGAUAUAAGAAACUUCCCGUAUUUCCGUCGAGUUUACAAAAUACGGAAACACGUUAUUUCGUCCUGUGAAACGCUCUAGAUGUGAGCCGUUUAAAGUGUAACUAUUAUGAUAGAAAUGAUGAUAACUAAUGGAACUGGCUAGAGUAAAAAACUCUCCAGUCAGUAACUUGGCUGGGACUCUGCUGAAGAAAUCGAGAGACACCUAAUUUUGCAUUUUAUUCAGGUCAGUAUCCGGAGCAAAUGUGUAGACUAGAAAGUAUCACCUAUUUACGUUCAUUUACAAGGGUGUGAUAAGUAGACUGUAACAUAGUUGAGGUUAAAUGCCCUAUUUGUAACGGUAAAAAUGCCCAUUUUACUUAUUUGGAGUGCCGCUACUCUCUCAUUUUCCCGCCGAAACGUCUAAAGAAAGGUUAGUUAGGACCAUUAAUAAAAAUCUACGGUAAGAAAUGAGAUUUGUGUUUAUAAUUUUAGGGACUGCCGGUGACUCUCUUACAGUGCAUCAUAAAAUGUCAUUCUCCACCAAAGAUCAAGACAAUGACCAAGCUAACGGGAGUUGUGCCAUUUGGUUCGAGGGAGCCUGGUGGUACAAAACAUGUCAUGUCUCCAACUUAAAUGGUCGCUAUCUUAAUGGGAAUCACUCCUCUUAUGCCAACGGUGUAAACUGGUUGCGCUGGAAAGGUUAUCAUUACUCCACCAAGCGGGCUGAAAUGAAAAUCAAACCAGUAGAAGCCUAA